GGAAAUUUGCAAAAAUCUGAUCGUGCUUCUCCAGAGAUGCUGUUGUCUACAUCUCACUACCAGGUCCUUUGAGAGCUUUUGGGAACUUAAAACUCGUGGUUCCCCGCGAUCUUGAAUCGAGAUAUCAGUUUCAAUCAUCAAUCAUACCCUGGUUCACGAGACCUUUUCCCCGCAGUUGUGCGUCAUACGGAAGCGAACCCUAUCUAUUUGCGGAAACUUGCCUCGAUCGCGAUCAUUGCCGUGUUUCCUUUGAGAGAGAAGAUAAUUGUCCAACCGCGAAACAUUUCUAAAGCACUCCAACAUGGAUGGACCAGAUCAGAUUGGUCCUGACCUGCGUCCCAAGCGAACUUGGGCCGAUAAAGGCCGUCGGAUUGUCAAAACCUUCACCACGAGGGAUGGCUUAAUAGGAGACUACGAUUAUGCAUACCUUUUUACACCCAGAAUUCCUUUUAUGAAGCAAACGAGGCGAACGGCACCUUUUUUUGGACUGGAUGAUCGAGUACCGGUUUUUCUGGCUCUUCUUUUGGGCUUACAACAUGCCCUAGCAAUGUUGGCUGGAGUUAUCUCGCCCCCAAUUCUCCUGGGUGGUUCUUCCGGAGCCAACUUUGGAGAUGAAGACUACCAGUACCUAGUGUCGACCUCCCUAAUCGUAUCUGGGUUACUGUCCGCCCUUCAGAUGUGCCGCGUUCACAUCUAUAAAACGCCCUACUCGAUCGGUACGGGCCUGAUCUCAGUCGUGGGUACCUCGUUCUCGAUUAUUACCGUAGCGUCGGGAACUUUCACUCAGAUGUAUUCGUCCGGAUACUGUCCCGUUGAUGCCCAGGGCAACCGUCUACCUUGUCCGAAGGGCUAUGGAGCUCUCCUCGGCACCUCCUGUCUAUGCUCUUUACUCCAGAUUGGCCUUUCAUUCAUAAGCAGCAAGGUCUUGAAACGCGUCUUCCCACCCCUGGUUACUGGACCAACUGUCCUCCUGAUCGGAGCAUCCCUUAUUGAGAGCGGCAUGAAAGACUGGGCAGGAGGCUCAGGCGGCUGUGGCAGCGACCCCUCCGCCCGUGCCCUUUGUCCCAGCGCAGAUGCACCGCACGCUCUUCCCUGGGGUAGUGCAGAGUUUAUCGGUCUCGGAUUCUUGGUCUUCUUGACCAUUAUUCUGUGCGAAAGAUUCGGCUCCCCCAUCAUGAAAUCUUGCGCCGUUGUCAUCGGUCUGCUGGUCGGAUGCAUUGUGGCGGGAGCAUGUGGCUACUUCGACCGCUCAGGCAUUGAUGCAGCUCCAGUAGCGUCUUUUAUCUGGGUCCGGACAUUCCCCCUAACGAUAUACGCGCCGCUUAUCCUCCCCUUGCUGGCCGUCUACAUCGUGAUCAUGAUGGAAUCAAUCGGCGACAUCACAGCCACAUGCGACGUUUCCCAAGUGGAAGUGGAGGGGCCCAACUUCGAUUCACGUAUUAGAGGCGGUGUCCUGGGCAACGGUAUCACCUGCCUCCUCGCAGGCCUAUGCACCAUCACACCCAUGUCCGUCUUCGCCCAAAACAACGGCGUAAUCGCUCUGACGAAAUGCGCAAACCGCAAGGCCGGAUACUGCUGCUGCCUCUUCCUCAUAAUCAUGGGCAUCUUCGCCAAGUUCGCUGCCGCACUCGUCGCCAUCCCCAGCUCUGUCCUCGGUGGUAUGACCACCUUCCUCUUCUCUUCCGUCGCUAUCUCCGGUAUCCGUAUCAUUUCCACCAUCCCGUUCACACGUCGCAAUCGUUUCAUCCUCACGGCUUCUUUCGCCAUUGGUAUGGCUGCCACAUUGGUACCGGACUGGUUCCAAUACUUCUUCACCUAUAGCGGUGAUAACCACGCCCUGCAGGGGCUUCUAGAUGCUGUGGUGCUCGUUAUGACCAACGGGUUCGCAGUCACCGCUGUGUUGGGUUUGAUUCUCAACCUUCUUAUCCCGGAAGAUCCGGAGGAAGAAGCGGCCAUCUUGGACGCCAGGGGUAGCGAGGUCCGGAGUGAGAGCGAAGAGACGAAGGCCACCUCGGAGUCCCCGCACUAUAAGACCGAAGAGGUUGGUCCGGCUACUGUAUAAUAAUGGUUUUGGCUUUCUGUUAGUAUAUAACGACCCUUGAGAGGGUCUAAUUAAAGGAUACCCUAUUGAGUUGCGCCUAUAGUGACUCAGAUGACCUACAAUUCGAAUCUUGUUUCACUUCCA